AUGGAAAUCAAUAUUCUCCCUAUUCUCGUCAUGAUGACUACAACAAUUCUUCCAUCGUUGGUAGCACCUUUACAAGUUACGACCGCGGAUGCUCAGCUGUUGGUUCGAAAACUACUGCGUGAAAUAGAAGGACUCAAAGGCCUAUCGGAUGACGAGAUUUCUAUUUUGAAAUCGUCUUUCAAUUUCGCUUUCGAAUUGAACGUAGACAUGGCUGAUUACGCAAGUAUAGCUGUUGGUGCAAAAUUGGGUGUAGCGACUGGCGUAGAACAAGCUACUAGUGAAGAAUUAGGUGUAUCUGCCGACUUUGCUGUCAGUGUUGAUAGUGCUGGCAGUGUUGGUGUUGGUGUUAGCAGGAGGGUUAGGAGAUCUAAGGCUGACGGCACGGCGGGUGGUACCAAGAGACAAGGACUAAACGCCGACAUUUGA